GCAACAACAAUACAAGAUCUUUGUCUGUAUUUCUAAAUACUAAACAUAUCAAACACAAUGGCUAUCUCCACCGACGCUGCCGCGGCUGAGCUCGGAAACACAGCCGUCAGAUCCUCCUCCGGUGGAUGGAAGUCGGCGAGGCUCAUCAUUUUUGUGGAAAUGGCCGAGCGUUUUGCCUAUUUCGGGGUAUCGUCAAACCUGAUAACGUACUUGACAGGACCAUUGGGUCAGCCAACAGCUGCAGCUGCAGCGAAUGUGAACGUUUGGAUUGGCACAAUGGCGUUUCUUCCACUUCUCUGGGCGUUUGUAGCUGACGGGUGUCUUGGUCGUUUCCGUACUAUCAUCAUAUCGUCUUCUCUCUACAUCUUGGGACUCGGGUCGCUGUCGUUUUCAGCCAUGAUUCCUUCUCACUCCGAAGAUUCGGACCAGCUCAAAGUGACUCUGUUCUUCUGUUCUCUGUUUCUUAUCGCAAUAGGACAAAGCGGUUACAAACCGUGUGCUAAGGUUUUUGGAGCUGAUCAGUUCGAUAGUAAUGAUCUAAAAGAGAGAAAGGCCAAGAGUUCUUACUUCAACUGGUUGAUGUUUGGAAGCUGUAUCAGCAUAACAACCACUCGCUUGGUCUCUACCUACAUUCAAGAGAACGUAAGCUGGUCCUUAGGGUUUGGUAUUCAAUGUGUUUCCAUGUUGCUUGCUCUGCUUCUCUUCCUCCUUGGAACUACCUCUUACCGCUUUACUGUUGAAAGAGAAGGAAAGAAAAACCCUUUUGCUAGAAUUGGUCGUGUUUUUAUGGAGGCAAUUAAGAACAGAAGACAACACAAUUCAGAUAUAGCUAAUUCAAACGAGACCCUCCUUCUCCUGGCAAAACAGAGCUCUGAGAAAUUCAGAUUCCUCGACAGAGCAGCCAUUUCAUGUGAAUUGGCUGAAAUUGAAGAAGCGAAAUCAGUACUUAGACUUGUUCCCAUAUGGAUUACUUGCCUAGUCUACGCCAUUGUGUAUGCACAGUCUCCUACUUUUUUCACGAAGCAAGGAUCCAAAAUGGACAGGUCAAUCUCACCAGGACUCUUAGUCCCCGCAGCUGCACUCCAGUGUUUCAUAAACAUAUCAGUUAUAGUCUUCAUCCCAGUCUACGACUGUCUAUUUGUCCCAAUCACAAGAUCAUUCACGCAUAUCCCAUCAGGAAUCACAAUGCUUCAAAGGAUUGGCACAGGAAUUUUCCUCUCCGUUAUUGCUAUGGUUGUAGCCGCCUUGGUUGAGACCAAAAGGCUACAAACUGCUAGGGAUGACCUCACCAUAGCAAUGAGUGUGUGGUGGUUGGUUCCGCAGUACGUUCUCUAUGGAGUCGCGGACGGGUUCACAAUGGCGGGUUUACAAGAGUUCUUCUAUGAUCAAGUCCCUACUGAGCUUAGGAGCGUUGGCAUGGCUAUGAACCUAAGCAUAUACGGGGCUGGAAACUUCCUAAGUAGCUUCAUGAUUUCUGUCAUCGAUAGAGCCACGAGCCAGUCUGGUCAAACGAGCUGGUUCGAUAAUGACCUGAACAAAGCUCAUCUAGAUUACUUCUACUGGCUACUGGCUUCUCUCAGCUUCAUUGGUUUAGCUUUCUACAUGUGGUUCGCCAAGUCGUAUGUCUACAACAGAUCAAACACCUAGUCAGCUGAGUUGAGCUUUUUACAUUUCCGAAAUGGACUUCAGAAUCUACGAAAUAGAGAUUUACAUUCUAGCAGUUUUGGAUUGGAAAAAUAUUACAAAUAGUAACUAAGACAAAUUUUGAGUUUAUUUCACAUUAUAACAAGUUAACAGUUAUUC